AUGAUUAGUGUUGUGCAAAGUUUAAGAAUGAGUAAAAUCAGUGCUGCAUGUAUUAUUAUUGGUGAUGAAGUGUUAAAUGGGAAGAUCAUUGAUACUAAUUCUCGUUUUUUCGCCAAGUACUGUUUUAAUCUCGGGAUUAAGUUGAAAGAAAUAAUCACAAUCGGAGAUGAUGAAGAUCAAAUUGUCGAAACUGUAAGUAAAUUAUCCAAAAAAUAUCAUUUUAUCAUAACCACAGGGGGAAUAGGAAGUACACACGAUGAUAUAACGUAUGCAGCAAUAUCUAAAAGUUUUGGCUUGCCUUGUGUACUUAAUGAAGAAUUGAAAAAAAGAAUGCAAGAAAAACAAAAUCCUGAGAGUAGGUUAGAUAAACAAGCGUUAAAAGAUUAUUAUAAAAUGGCUACAUUACCUUCUGGUAGUAACGUCAAAAACUAUUAUGUUUCAGAUGAUCUAUGGGUACCAAUUUGUUCCAUUAAUCAACAAGUGUUUAUAUUCCCAGGUAUUCCACAACUAUUUGAAAAAAUGUUAACUUUUUUUACACCAAUCUUGAAAGAUUUGUUUCAUUUAACUACUGAUCGUAAUGAAUAUGUUAGAUAUUUUGUUAAGACAAAAUUAACUGAAUCACAAAUUUCUCAUCGUUUGAAAUUAUACCAGGAACAGUCAGAAAAAAUAUCUCCAGAGAUUAAAAUUGGUUCAUAUCCUCAUUAUGGUAUGGGCUUCAACACUAUAAGUAUCCUUGGGGAAAAGAAGCAUGAUAAUUUUCUUCGUUCUAUCGUGGAUCGUGCUAUUAUUGAGUUAGAAGGUGAAAAGAUCUCAAGUGAGUUGGAAGAUAGUUAUUCCAAUAAUAGAAUUUUAAAUUAG